GGGUGUGAACUCGAGUUGCAGUUGUGGCGCUCACACGUAUGUGCGAAUUGACCGGUCACCACCUAGUAGUACUAGUACUGGAUGUUGCUGGGUUCAGCCCAGCAACUUCACUGCUGCUACAUCUCAGAAACUCUCAGCAACUCACUUCUCCAGGUGUAAUGUUCUGAUCGCCACUGAUAAUGUUUGUUCUUUAUUCUGGUGCUGGGGUGAACUCCUGGGCUAAUUUGGACCACUCACGGACUCUCCUGAAGCACGCGAGACCUUGCGAGUAUGAUGUAGCACGGCAGCUAUAUAUAUGUCUUUCUCGCCUGCGGCUCCCAAGCUGGCACGCGAGGCAAUAUAUAGCGUUCUGAGGCUUUCAUCCAUCCUUCCCAACCCAGUCGUUGGUCACACCGAGCAUGGAGGACGUCCUACAGUGGUUGCGUGGCCAUCUAGUCAAGUCACCAAAACUUCCCCGGCUACUGCAAGGGUACACUAUCGUCCGUCUGACCUCCUUCACAUUGUUUCUCACUGCAUUCCUCCUCUUUCUCUUGGUCGGUCUCUCUUUGCCAAUUAUCAAGUCAAUUAUAAUCAUCAAAGUAUCAGCAAUAAAUUCUGUUGACCCCGUCUUGAAUGCAAUCACAGAACUGCAAUUUGGAGUGUGGGGUGUCUGUGCAUCAAGUAUACUUGACGGUAUCGGAGCACAAGAAGCAUGUUAUGGUCCGCAGCUGGGAUAUACUAUCCCUACAAGCCUUUUGUCUCUCGUUGGGCUCUCCUCCGAGUUCGCAAAUAUUGCAGAGACGACCCUCCUGACUAUGCUUGUGCUGCAUCUUGUCACUGCAGCACUCUCGACCGUCUCUUUUGUGUUGUCUUUCUUUCUUCCCUCCCGCUUAAUCACAAUAAUCGCACUCGUUAUCGCCAUCAUCACAUCAGUUAUUUCGACGGUUGUCUUUGCUGCGGAUGUCGCCCUCGUUGUCGGUGUCAAAGACAACAUCGACUCCCUUUUCCCUGGAGCCGACUUCGCUGUAAGCUUUGGCAAUGGCGUGUGGAUGACAUUAGCUGCGAUGGUUUUGACUUGGAUAGCGGUUAUCAUGCUUUCAGCACAGCUAUAUCACUGCUGUGGAGCGAUACGCCCCAAACCCAAGGCGUCCAGAUCAGGCGUAUCUGAAAAAGAUAGUAUGGAGAAGGUCUUGGUCUAAAAUGGACAACCCUGCCCCGUGUCUUUAUGUUCGACCAGUUAUGAAUAUAAUGUUUGACGACCGCAAUGAUGGGUUCA